AAGUUUAAACAACCAACAGCCACCAUGACCAUGGGCAGGAUCACCUUCUAUGAGGACAAGAACUUCCAGGGUCGUUCCUAUGAGACCAGCCAGGACUGCCCCGACAUGUCCUCCUACCUGAGCAGGUGCAACUCCUGCAGGGUUGAGAGCGGCUGCUUUAUGGUCUACGAGCGCCCCAACUUCAUGGGACACCAGAUGCUGGUCAGAAAAGGAGAGUACCCCGACAACCAGCGCCUGAUGGGCAUGAGCCAGAGCGACUGCAUCAGGUCCAGCCGUAUGAUCCCCAUGCACAGAGGAUCCUAUAAAAUGAAGAUCUACGAGAAGGAGAACUUUGGAGGUCAGAGCAUGGAGCUGAUGGAUGACUGUGACUCCAUCCAGGAUCGUUACCGCAUGUCUGACUGCCAGUCUGCCCAGGUUAUGGACGGCCACUGGCUGAUGUUUGAGCAGCCCCACUUCAGAGGCAGGAUGAUGUACAUGAGGCCUGGAGAGUACAGGAGCUUCAAAGAUAUGGGCAUGGGGGCCAAGGGCAUGAGGUUCAUGAGCAUGAGGCGUAUCACCGACAUAUGCUAAAUCAUCUGAUUGUCAAUUGUUCAAAUAAAUGCAAAAACACUAUGUACAGUAUUUUUCUUACUUGAUCAUCACAUACCUCCUCUUCAUUCUGAAAUAUAACUUACAUUGUAUAAUAUAUGAUAUGACAUGGUAUACAAAUCUCGUGCCUCUGAAGUUCUCCUUCUGGUGGACUCUCAUCCUCUGUGCUGUUGUGCAAAAUAAAUCACGCUCAUAAUCACCA